GUUUGACAUCACUGUAAAGCGCAAAUAAACUAAGAGAGAUGACUAGCAAUUAUGUUGAGCUGCAUACAGAAAAUAUAAAUAGUAAAAGUGCAGAGCGAAAAGUCCGAUAACUCUGAUUAGUUUUGUACUAGUAUAAAUUUUCAUAAUUACUAAUAUUUGGAGGUAAAAGCCUUAUAAAGAAUGGCUGAUAAACUAUAAUAGAAGUCAUAGUAUUUUGAUUUACUUUUGAUGGACUAGACUAUAAUAAGUUUGCAUUAAAUUUCUUUGUAUAAAUUAAAAGAAGAGAGUAGCUGCUAUUGUUUCUGAAUACUUAUAUAUAAUCAAGUGAGUUGGCUAUCUUCAAUGUCAAAGGAUAGUGAAUCGAUUCAGCGAAGUAUUCUGAACUCAUUUCAAGAGUCCGAUGGUAUUCUAUCAAGCAAACAACCUGUCGAAACAAAGAUGAAUCUUUUGCCUACAAAGAAACAGUCUGAAUCAAGUAUACCAUGUAAUACUGAACCGGAUAUUGAGGAAGAUCUGAUUGGUGUUAUAGAAGAAGAUGAUGACAAAGAAGUUCCCCAACCGGAGUUACGCAUGAAUGGGGGAUAUUCAUGGGUGGUUCUAACUUGUGCAUUUUUCAUUAACUUUUGCGCAUGGGGUAAUAAUUCGGCCUUUGCUGUAUAUUUCGCAUACUAUAGUAGUCAUACACUUUAUGAAGGAGCUACAGGGGUAGACUUUGCAGCCAUUGGUGGUAUAACUUUUGGUGUGGGAUUAUUAUUUGCUCCAUUAAUUAAUUUCAUUACAGGGAAGAUCGGAUCAAAGGGUGCAUUGAUGAUAGGAAAUAUAGUUCAAUUUGCAGCAUUAUUCAUAACCAGUUUUGAUUCUCAUCAUCAACUUUGGCAAUUAUAUUUAACACAGGGUCUCUUGCAGUCAUUUGGUUUAGCAUUUUUGGGGAUUCCUUGUUUCACAAUUCUUCCACAAUGGUUUAUAAACAAACCCAUUGGAGAAAAAUAUGUAAUUAGUGAUAGAAUGUUAACUUUAUCACAAGGUAUUGCAUCAGCUGGAUCUGGGGCUGGAGGUAUACUAUUCAAUUUGGGAAUGCAAAGAAUUCUCCAAGAUUAUGAUGUGAGAUGGGCAUUAAGAGCCCAAUCAUUUAUUUCUAUAUUCUUAGUAACCUUAUCAAUUUUCUUCUUAAAAAUUAGACUUAACCCGAAUGUUAAGAUUGCAUUCACUUUCUUUAAUAAGGAUGUUUUUCUCUUCCCAGGGUUUUGGGGAGGUGUAUUAUACUUGGUAUUUGCUAUGUUCGGGUAUGUUGUUCUUUUAUAUAGUCUUGCUGAUUGGACACUUUCAUUGGGAUAUACUGAGUAUCAAGGUUCAAUAGUUGCUGCUUUGAUUUCUCUUGGUAUUAUGAUUGGUAGACCCAUCGUUGGAUUGUUAUCUGAUAGAUUAGGGGCAGUGACGGUUGCUGCGUAUCUGUACUUGAUCUGCGCCAUAUUAUCUUUAGCAAUGUGGAUUCCAGCUAGAAAUUAUGCUACUGCUAUAGCGCUUGGAAUUUUAACUGGAGCAGUAUCUGGUACAGUUUUUCCUACAAUUGCUACCAUUACUUUAAACAUUGUUAAUUUCAGAUUCAGUAAGUUCAACGUUACAUUUUAUAUGGAGUGGGUAUUCUUAGGAGCUGCAGCUAUAGUUUCCCCGGUAAUUGGUAUUGCACUUAAAAAAGAUGAAAUUGGCCCAACUCAAUACGUUCACUGUUCAAUAUUCGUUGGAAUUUCGUUUGUGGCAAUAUUUAUCGAACUCAUGCUUCUCCGAGGAUUCAUAAUUUCAGUUAGGGAAAUUGCUACUAACGAGAUGACUGAUGAAGAAUAUUUUGCCAUUCGCCCGUCAAUGUCUAGAAUCAUGACAAAUACAUUUAGAUUUAAGGGUGUAGAAGGUAUAUAGUUAGAUUACGUAGAUAUUCGAUGCAUAAUAUUUAUUUAAUGUUAAUCAG